GCCAAGGCUACAGCUACACAGGCGAGAGGAGCAUCCGCAGCUCCGUGAUUAACUCAUUCGCUUACGAUAGGAUGGCCCGCCCCAACACCUCCACCACGGCCAGCGUGGGAUAUAACAUCAUGUUCAUCAAUGACGUCGAUAGUGAACAUCAAGUGUUCGAGUGCACCGGGUGGUUUACCGUCAUCUGGUAUGACGGUCGGCUCCAGUGGAAGCCCUCGGUGUACGACGAUACCAACUUUGUACACGCCCUCGAGACUGAGAUCUGGAAACCGGAACUCAUAGUCACCAACGCGCAAAAUAACAUGGGUUUAAUAAGCGACAACCACCUGAUAUACAGGAUUAACAGCACGGGAACUGUAAGCUGGGAACCACUUCUCUCCACAGCGACUGAUUGCUCAAUAGACGUCACGUACUUCCCGUUUGACAACCAAACAUGCAUCAUUGAGCUCACGAGCUGGUCUUUGCCAUGGACCGAACUGAAGCUAGAGCCUCUCUGGAACAGUGUGCAUGUCCAGGCGUUACGCGCCAGUGCAUCAUGGGAACUUAUCGAAACAUACGUUGAAAAGUCGUCUGUGGCCGAAGACAGCCCAGACAAUGUGACGGAAUAUUUCUCGAAACUGAACUUUGUGAUCAGACUUCGUCGCAAGCCUGGCAAUUACAUGAUCAACACGAUUACCCCAAUGAUCGUGUCCUCCUUUCUAAUGACUUUUACUCACGUUAUUCCUACACAGAGUGGCGAAAGAUUGAUUACCGGCUUCAUUGCCCUAGCGAUUAACACUUUACUGUGGACCAUCUUCACUGACCAGAUACCAAACAUCGCGACAACCACUUCCACCUUAGGCAUAUACCUUAUGGCAUCAUUUUGCAUCGACUGCGCGCACAUGCUCGCAGGAAUUUUAGUUGUGAGGCUGUACUACCGACCAACGCAUAUACCGAUCAAUUUACUGUGGCGUUCAGUCGCCUAUUUUCUGGGGUGUCUGCUUCGGGUGACGAAACCGCCGAAAGCAAAAGAAGAGCUAGACGAUAGUAUUUCAAUUAUAAGUAUUCCCACCGAUGACCUGAAAAAGAUCGAGAAGUCAAUGCGAAGAAAUGUCGUUUAUCCGGAAAAUUGCCCAGACGGGUUUACGGAAAGAAUCAUAAUUCGCGAAGAUGCUUUGCCGCAAAUGGAUGUAAAAUUUGGCAUCGACUUACCAAAGGUCAAACGUAGGAAAAUGAAGGCGAGCGACACUGGCUAUGCGCUAUAUAACGAUGUAAAUAACGAGACCAAAACAGAGAAACUAUCGAGAAUCACCUGGCGUUACGUUUCUCUAGUUCUCGACAGACUGGUUUUCCUGGUAUUUCUUGGAGUUAAAAUUGGCUUCAAUGUAAUUUUAAUUGGGCGGCUUUUUCAAAACCAUGAAUGACAUCAAAUAGGCAGCUGUAAGAAAGACGUAUGUCCUGUUAUGUUUUUUUUUCACUAUUGAUGUUCCAAUUAAUGACAUGCAAACCUAAUUGAGUGUUGCAUGUAGAUGUCCAUUUAUCAUAUGAGGUUUUAAAUGAUUUUUACAGAUUAUCGGAGCAUUUUUUAAGUAUGUCUUUAAAUACCUUUUCUUGUUAUAUACCCGGAUUUGUGUAAAGAUUGUCGCAUUUACAAUUUUUCACAUUUUGUCAUACAUUGUUAAUAGAACACUGUACAGAAUGGCGUAAAAUUAUACUAAUUAUAUAAUAAUAAAAAUACAUGUACA